GAGCCGUGAGAUAUUAUCGAGACAGUCUUCCUGAAAAGCAAAACUAAUGUUAGAAAUAGGAGUGUUUCUUUCCAAUACUGUAUCAGCUUUCUGCCUUGUUUAAUUGCGUUCACUGUCACUAAAUGUAUCGGGAAUUUAGAGAUUGAUAUACCACUGCUAGUGAUCAGAAUCAUCAUUUGUUGUGUUAGAAUUACGGUACAUCUUGGUCACACAAACUACACAAGCUCUGAUAUUGUUUAGGGGGAGAACGGAAAUACACUCGAGUGGCUAUUUAGAAAAUGGAGAUAGUUCGAGAAUUAACGUGUCUUAUUUUAACUAUUGCACCGGUCAUCUGUACCAGCAGAGAUUCCAAUGCCUAUUCAAAUUUGAAAUUAAACUUGCGCAUGCGCACUGACAACUCCAGUGAUGACAUUCUCGGACAACAGAGUGAGUUUUAUCUUAGAGAUAAAUAUUUUGACAUGUUAGCUAAGCUUACUAAGUCAUAUGGAAACUCAAACAUGCCUUUAGAGUCAAUGCAGCGGACUUUAAGGUCUUUUGAUCCGGAUUUUGACUUUCUCACAUCAGCAAAACGCGAAAAAGAAGAAUAUGAAAAUCUACAAAAUUUGCAGUAUUAUGGUACCGAGAUUCCAAAGAAAUUUACCGUCAAACGACUUUUUUCUCCAAAGUCGUUUUCCUGGAUUGAAGCAGACGACAGUUUCGGUGAUACACCUGUCAUGGAAAAUGUCGAUAGAGCACCGAUUAUGGGGAAUUUGGUGAAACGAAGUGGCGUGAGUGAGCCGAUCAAACAACAUAGACCAAACAGCUACAGUACGGACGAACAGCCACAACUGUCAAACAAUCCAUUGUCAUUUAACCCGCCAAAAUUAACCAAUGAACAAAUCCAGUCUAUGAAUAGAAAGUUAUAUUUAGAAACAGCACGAAGACUGAACACAUCAAAAGUACACGACAAUGGCGAAAAAUCGAUGAACGCAAAUGGUAUCCCUAUAUCUAAGCGUCCUAGUCAAUUCGAGCCUGACGUAUGUAAUAUGGAUGACGUCAAUAUAGACGUCAGAUUUCAUGAAAUGAUGGAGACAGAAGCUGGUCUGUUAUCUUUGGUGUGCACCGGCUCAAUCGUGGUCAAUAAAUGUGAGGGUGCCUGUAAUUCAUACGUGAAACCCAGCGUGAACAACUAUGAUGGAUUUGAAAGGAGAUGCUUCUGUUGUAAAGAUUCAUCCAUUCGAUCAAGACGAGUGACCCUGUCUGUAUGUACCCUGGGACCGGAGGAAGUGCAUGGGUACUCUAUAUCCCGGACCAUAGUUGAACCGACGGCGUGCUCGUGCCAGGAAUGCCGGAAUUAAGUACCGUCAAUGACGGGCUUUAUUCUAGUCUAUGGUGUUUAUACAUUCCAGACCAAACAAAUUCAAACGAUCAAAGAUAAAACAUCAACAUACGAAUAAUGAACUUGUCGCUUCAAUUGAAGUUUGACAAAUAGAAAUGAUAACCAUGCAGUAGCCUUAUCAUGUACAUAAUUCAUCGAAUGUUUUGUUUUACAUUUCUACAAUACUAUAUCGACCUAAAGCAGGUUUUAGUUAUACAAAAUUGUACAUAUCUUUGUCAAACCGAUGGCUAAUGUCAAUAAAGAAUCUAUUCUGCUCAUAACUAUGACUUAUUAAUUAACAAUGUUGUUCAUACCAUUUUCCUAAUACAGGUAACUUGGAAUUUUUUUGGUUAAUUGUUUGUGUAUUUCUGAAUGAAAGAACGGUUAAAUGAAUUAUUUUUUAAUAAAAUGAUAUUAGUAAAGUGACUUUUCUCCACUGAAGAACAUUUUAUUUCUUGAGUUAAAUAGUCACACAAGUAUAACAAAGGUUGAUUUUUAUAUCAACAUGCUGAAUACGCUCUGAAGUUUAUGAUUAUUCUAAUAAAUGAUUUUUGAAAUUGGUGAGGAACGCUAUUGAAAUAUUAAAUUUCAUAUGCAAUAAUUUUCUGUUAUAACGAUAUUGCUUAAAGCGAUACACCACUUAUAACGAUACAUCGCUUAUAACAAUGCGGUUGCCGAGGUCCAGGCUCUUGUUUUCAAAUAAAUUGCUUUACGGAUAAAGCGAUAUCCGGAUAUCACAAUAUAAAUUAGGCGAAAAUUCGUAUGAAAAUGAUUUUUGUUAGUAACCUUUUUUUUCAAAACUCAUUUGCAUUAUCUAAAUUGUAACACAGUCAUAAGAAUUUCUCCCUUAUUAAAUCGUAUUGGUUAGAGACGUUAUUGCGAUUAUUUAUGUGCAAAAUAAUUCUUUUUCUUAAUCAAAUUUUAUUGGAUAGGAAACACUUGUUAUAUUAUAUCGGAUAGAAUGCAGAGAAGAAAAUAGAGCAAAAAAAUGUUUAAAUACACUCACAACGCUUAUUCAAUAACGGUGACUCUUUUUUAAAAAAAAUAUUUAAAAAAUGUGCUAUAUCAAUGGACAAAUUAAAACUAUAUUCUCAUACUUUUUGCACUGUUAAAUUGACAUAAAAAUAGGAAUUCAGUAAAGUUAAUGAAUCAAAGUUAAAAUUGUCUAGCCGAUAGAAUGUUUUCAGUGAUAAUGUUUCCUUAACUCGAACAUUUAAAAACACAUUUUCCGUUUCAGUUUUUAUAACUUCUCUUUACAAAUCAAAAACUGAUUUUAAGGACUAAUAUUUUUGGAUAUUGUACAUACAAAUCAGUAUAAGACGUAUUUUCAGACAAAACCACCUACAUGAAUACUAUCAAAGUUACAAGUUUUAGAAAUAAAAGCGAAACCAUC